CUUUUUUGCAAUAUAAAAUGUGAAAGAUUUUCAAUUGAAUUUUCAUUAAUCAACAAAUUUUUGAACCAAACAGUGCAGUUUAAAUCAUCCAAAAACAUGUCAAAACUUUCAAUUAUUUUCAUCGCAUUGGCUUUUGUCUGCAUUGCUGCAGCUUAUCCACAACAACCACCAAGUUCAGAUGCUGUUAACCAAGACAAGCCUGAGGCAGUUCAACCAACCAUGUUGCGUCGACCAAAUAACGACAGCAGCAGUUCUAGUGAAUCUAGUGAGUCUAGUGAGUCUAGUGAGUCCAGUGAGUCUGAUGAGCAUAGACGACCAAGACGUUCAAUCAACUUCCCUGAAAAUCUCCCAAUGAACGAAUUAUUGAGCGGAAUUUUGUAAAAAAUAAUAUACGAAGAAAUAAGCAAACGAGUCUAAAGAAACUUGAAAAAAUGAACAACUGGACAUGCUGAGAGCAAACAUACCCAUGCAAUAUUCUUUUUUAAAUUUUAUAUCUUUAUUUAACUUCAAAUAAAAUUGUGAAAAAAUAUUUU